UGGGGACUGAGAAAUCAUUCACACUUCAGUUUCUCAGCCUGGAAGCAAGGGGAAUCUGCUGACAGCUUCAAGCAUGCUAAACUGGCUGUUUAUGGGAGCUUUGGGAUCAUUACUGGUGGCAAAUUCCUCCUGCAUUCAAGAUGUGAAAAGGGACUGCAACAAUGUUUUUCAUAAGGAGUUCAAUGGUCGCUACCAACUGGAUUUCAAGGCUGCAGAGAACCUCUGCCGUUCCCUCGGGACCACCUUAGCCACACUGGAACAGCUGAAGAGGGCGCACGCAGCAGGUUAUGAAAAGUGCAGGUAUGGCUGGAUCCAGGAGCAGUUGGUCGCCCUCCCUCGGGUGCAUGCUCACCCCUCUUGUGGGAGAAACCACACCGGGGUCUACACCAUUUCAAGACCACUGAGCUCAAAGUAUGAUGUCUUCUGCUAUGAAGAUGACAAAAGCUGUACCUUGGAGAAUUCACCAACAGACAUACCUACUAUUCCACCCCACCCAGUGGAAACUGAGAAACAGAACUUUACAACCCUCUCACAGAACAGGAUGUCCACCAGUUUACCGACUGUCACAGAUCUAGAACCGACAACGGUUCCACUGGCAGAGGACCGUGGGGUUUUUACUGGCACCACAGUGGGAGCAGCCGAACCCUUUGCACCAGUGCAGACUGAUCCCUGGACAACCGCAGUGCUCCCACUAUCGGAAACACUCACAGAAUCGGCUUCCCCCAGUGUGCGGCUGACCAGACUAACAUCUGCCACAGCUCCAGGAUUCACAAGGAAAGCUAUCCUCUCACUCACAAGGCCGGAACAUCUGUUAAACAGCCUCUCUGGAUCUCCAAGUACAAGAACACACACCAUAGGGGUGGUGGAUGGCUCAGGAUCUGCUGCUGGGAGAGAGCCAUACAGUGAGUCAACAGGCCAGACUCCAUUGACCUGGGAUGACCACAUGACAAAACCUACCUCAGAGACAGACUUGCCCACCACUGGGUCGACUGCUCUACCCUCUCCUCCAUCUCUGCCUCUCGACGACCGCCAAGCAGUUAACUUAGGCACUGAGGCCGAACUGCGAGCCAACCACGUAACAGAAAUCCCAUUUUCUGCAGAGUUGCAAAGCGAGCCAGAGGUAGGUUUUGCAACUAUCAGGAGAACUGCGCUCCCUUCCCCUCUGGCCUCAGACAGCAGCCCAACACUUGCUGCAACCCAAGAAAGGAAAGAGCACACUAGGCUCAUCAGUGAAGUACCGUCAGAGUUGGAGCUCGUUAAAGCUGAACCUCAUUCAGAUAGUGUCUCAGUGACCACAGGUAGCACCACUCCCCCUUCCCCUCCCACUGCACCUGUGGACAACAGCCUCAGGUACAACAAGGAGGUAUACAGCCCCAAGGGUGAAUCAAACAGUCUGAAUUCCCAUUCAGACCCGACGGAUUUCUCAGAGUUUCAGCUCAGUACUGAAGGUGAUCCUGAGAGUGCUUCUGGUCUUUUCACAUCGCACAGGCUUACUAACCUCUCCUUUGACCCAGCAGCUGUCACUGUGCUAGACACAACGUGGGCACCUUCCAGCUCACCCUCCUCUGAGUCUCGGGGCCAACCUGCCGACAGUGGGAAUACUCCCGAAAUCUUGGACUUUUCCCCUACAGAGAUUCGUUUGGAUCACAGUACGGGGUUAAGUAACGAGUUAAGACUGGCUGCCUCAGCCUCUGCAGAGACGUCUGUCCCAUUUGGAGAAAGUGGGAGUACAUCUGAUAUACUGAGCUUAGAGACACAGGAGACUGCAACGAGAUUUUCCCAAGAGAUCACCAUAAAUAUUGAAUUGGCAACAGAACCCAGCAGCCAACCUCCUGACAUUAAUACAUCAAAGAGGACGUUCGAUCCUCCAGUGGGAUCCACUCUGCAGGCUGUUGAUUUUGACCUGACCCGGUCUGUGAGACCCCCUGACCACUCCUCUGCUGUUGCCAUGCCCUUUGUCACUACCCAGGAGCCAGUGACUUCCACUCUGCCUCCUUCACCGGAAGUGCCCCCCAUUGUCCCAUCAACCAUUGCCAAGAAGGAGGUAAACCAAGUUGAGUCCUCUCCACACACCACAGUUCAACCAACACACACCAGCCCAGAGCUGUCAGGCACCACAGAAGUCUACUCCACCAUUGUCUUUGGACCAACCACUUCAUCACCUAUAGCAACCAGCCAGGUGUACCAAGUGUCAUCGUCUACAGUGGGACAAGAGCAGAAAGAUCUAGAACCGACAACGGUUCCACUGGCAGAGGACCGUGGGGUUUUUACUGGCACCACAGUGGGAGCAGCCGAACCCUUUGCACCAGUGCAGACUGAUCCCUGGACAACCGCAGUGCUCCCACUAUCGGAAACACUCACAGAAUCGGCUUCCCCCAGUGUGCGGCUGACCAGACUAACAUCUGCCACAGCUCCAGGAUUCACAAGGAAAGCUAUCCUCUCACUCACAAGGCCGGAACAUCUGUUAAACAGCCUCUCUGGAUCUCCAAGUACAAGAACACACACCAUAGGGGUGGUGGAUGGCUCAGGAUCUGCUGCUGGGAGAGAGCCAUACAGUGAGUCAACAGGCCAGACUCCAUUGACCUGGGAUGACCACAUGACAAAACCUACCUCAGAGACAGACUUGCCCACCACUGGGUCGACUGCUCUACCCUCUCCUCCAUCUCUGCCUCUCGACGACCGCCAAGCAGUUAACUUAGGCACUGAGGCCGAACUGCGAGCCAACCACGUAACAGAAAUCCCAUUUUCUGCAGAGUUGCAAAGCGAGCCAGAGGUAGGUUUUGCAACUAUCAGGAGAACUGCGCUCCCUUCCCCUCUGGCCUCAGACAGCAGCCCAACACUUGCUGCAACCCAAGAAAGGAAAGAGCACACUAGGCUCAUCAGUGAAGUACCGUCAGAGUUGGAGCUCGUUAAAGCUGAACCUCAUUCAGAUAGUGUCUCAGUGACCACAGGUAGCACCACUCCCCCUUCCCCUCCCACUGCACCUGUGGACAACAGCCUCAGGUACAACAAGGAGGUAUACAGCCCCAAGGGUGAAUCAAACAGUCUGAAUUCCCAUUCAGACCCGACGGAUUUCUCAGAGUUUCAGCUCAGUACUGAAGGUGAUCCUGAGAGUGCUUCUGGUCUUUUCACAUCGCACAGGCUUACUAACCUCUCCUUUGACCCAGCAGCUGUCACUGUGCUAGACACAACGUGGGCACCUUCCAGCUCACCCUCCUCUGAGUCUCGGGGCCAACCUGCCGACAGUGGGAAUACUCCCGAAAUCUUGGACUUUUCCCCUACAGAGAUUCGUUUGGAUCACAGUACGGGGUUAAGUAACGAGUUAAGACUGGCUGCCUCAGCCUCUGCAGAGACGUCUGUCCCAUUUGGAGAAAGUGGGAGUACAUCUGAUAUACUGAGCUUAGAGACACAGGAGACUGCAACGAGAUUUUCCCAAGAGAUCACCAUAAAUAUUGAACUGGCAACAGAACCCAGCAGCCAACCUCCUGACAUUAACACAUCAAAGAGGACGUUCGAUCCUCCAGUGGGAUCCACUCUGCAGGCUGUUGAUUUUGACCUGACCCGGUCUGUGAGACCCCCUGACCACUCCUCUGCUGUUGCCAUGCCCUUUGUCACUACCCAGGAGCCAGUGACUUCCACUCUGCCUCCUUCACCGGAAGUGCCCCCCAUUGUCCCAUCAACCACUGCCAAGAAGAAGGUAAACCAAGUUGAGUCCUCUCCACACACCACAGUUCAACCAACACACACCAGCCCAGAGCUGUCAGGCACCACAGAAGUCUACUCCACCAUUGUCUUUGGACCAACCACUUCAUCACCUAUAGCAACCAGCCAGGUGUACCAAGUGUCAUCGUCUACAGUGGGACAAGAGCAGAAAGCUCAGCCUAACAUCACUAAGGGUUCAGAUAACAAUCUACUGCCAGAGAAGCAGCCAGAACCAACAGCUAUGGGAAAGAAGUCUGCUGAAGCACAGCUGGACUGGCUGAUCGUAGCGGCGAUAGUGGUGUCUCUACUGAUCAUCCUGCUUGGGGGAGUGAUGAUCAUCUACAGCAAAAGGUUGUGCGGAAGGAAGAAAAGUCUCACAAUAACCAAACCAGGAGAGGAUGGUAUCACAGCCAUGGAGAAAGGAGCCAGCAAUGGAAGAGGGGAAGGUGCGGCUAGACAAGGUGAACUGAAAGCUGAGGCAAAGGAAUCUGACGAAUGGAUCCAGCUGAUUGAUAAAAAUAACUUGGAUAUCAUUCCUGAAUCUACAGAGGCCGCCAAGCUAAUGAGAAGGGAUGAAUCUGGAGAACUGCCCAAUAUAGAGGUGACAACAACAGCACAGGAUCAAGUGAACUGGAGUUAGGCAGGAAAGGAGAUGAUAUUGGGAACCAUUCCUCUCGUCCCCACACACUCUAAGUGUAACUGACUUGGUGCAAGCAUACUAAAUCUGCCCAACAGCCUUUUGAUCAGCCCUGUGAAAUGCCACCUAGUGCCAAUAUUCAUGGUUUGCUUGAAGCACUAUCAGACCGUCCUAAGGAGAGAGACUUUGGUUUUCCUGUCAGACUGAUGCCCUGUUUCAUUGAACUCUAUUGUUCCCACCCUUGUGUUGAACCAUUUGGCCCUUCUCCAAACUACACUGCUCUUGUUUAGAACCAUUUCACUCCAGUGUCGGACAAAACUGCUGUCCAGUCGGGUCAAGCCCUUGUGACAUCAGACAAUGCUACUCUUGUGUUUGAUAGUGAUGCCCUUCCAUUGGAUUGCAUUGCUCUUGUGCAGGGCUAGUUCACUUUGGUGUCAGACCCUCAUGCUAUUGUGUGCAUGUAAUGUAUCAUUGUGAAGAACUUUAGCCUUCCUACCCCAAUUAUCUUCUCCCCUCUGGAUUUCCACCUAAACAAUGGUGGUUGCUCUUGAGGGACAAGGAGAUGAAUACACCCUUGUUAUGAUGUACAACGAUAAAGGAGGAAUGGAAAUCAUUGGGUCUACAUUCAGCUCUUUCCCCCUCCUUUAGAUGGCAGGUUGAGAAUCCUGUGUACUGGGAGAGACUAGGGCUCUUGUGCAGGGGUGAGGGAAUGCAGGGGAGGGUGCAGUCAGCCCAGCUACCUUGCCCAGUCAGAAAGUAAAUUAAGAAUUAAAAUGUAGCUCUACUUGGGACUCAACACAUGCAAUAUUGGACUCAGGGCUAGUCCCUUGUGCACACAGUACUUUUGCAUUCAUGAACUGAAGUUUGACCUCAUUCCAGUGAGUCCGUUACCAGGAAGGGUUAAAGCAGAAUAACUGGACUUGGGAAGGUUCCAUAACAAUGCAAUGUUAACUAUCCCCCUCUGGGACUGAACCUAUGUUCUCUGCAAAGGUCCAGAUUUAUAAACCCAGGAACUCUUCAUCCAAUUUCAGCUGUUAAUUCAUGGGAACCUAAUGGGAGCAAAUUAGCAAUCUGAUAAUUAAUUCUGUGAAAGCGGCAGGAACUAUGUAGAACAAGGAAUGUAGCUCUGAAGAAAGCCUUACAGGAUAUUGUUUAGCAGAGACAAUAGCUCAGAACUGAGGGCAUUGCUUGACCAGUAUAGAUUUUAUAGAUGAUGCUCCCUGUCUGAUAAAGAGAACCUGCUCACCCAUUCCUGCAAUCAAAGGAGCAUUUGGCAUUCCUGAAAUCAAUCAGAAGUUGAUCAAUUCCACAGCUAUCACUAACCAUUCUCAGUUUAGGGAUUGUCACAUUCGGUAAUUAAUGGACAAGUUGCUCAUUUCUCACUGCCAAUUGGUAAAAUGUCUAAUUCCUGCAACCUGAUGGUAACUUGUCCAAAUUCUGAAUCUUAUCAGUCAAAUGAUCUGUCAUAGAACCAAGCAGUGACGUGAUCCAGCGCCAAAAUGGAUUUAGGGUAUUUCAAGUCACACAACCAAUCAAUAAUGUGAAAAGUAUAGUUUACAUUUAAACAGCACAUUCCUUGUACAACAUCCCAAAUCACUUUAUAGAUGAUGAUGUCUCAUUAUUUUAAAGAUGUUUCCAAUGUACAACAGGAAAGCAAGCUGCCAAUUUAUGCGCAUGUUCCCACAGUGGGGGUGGUUUGCAUUUAAUAGUGAUGUUAUUCCACUCUCACAUCAAUUUGAAGGUGCUCUUUGAUCACAUCAGCAUGGUAUCCCAGUGACACACCUGUCUGGAUGUGUUCAGGUGUCGAGACACCAGGCCAGCAGGGAGUCACAUUCAUAAAAUGCAAACUCCCUAUUCCCACAGCUGAUUAUUAAGAGGUCCCAUUUUCACAGUCCAACUUGACGGUAAAGAACUUAUUCCCUGAACUAAUCAAAGCAUCCCUUUCUCAUAAAAUGAUUUGCAAAGUUUCAUUCCUUGAAUUAUUCAUUGGAGUGUCACAAUGUGCUGCUGAUCCACAAGGUAAGUCAUUCCCACAGCUGGUUCUUUCCCAUUCUCAUAACCCAUCAGUCAUUUGUUCAUUUAACUAGUUGAGUGCCCAGUUCCCUCAGCUGAUCCAGAAGAACACAAAAUGUACCCCAAGUUCCAGAAAACGAUGAAGAUCCAUCUGUGUAGAGGAGUUGAAGAACUCUGCCAGCCUCAAACACCAUAUGUUUGAGUGCCGUGUCCUAUACGUCCAGUACUGUUGGAACAUGAAGGGACAAUUUCAUCCAACUGCAAGCUGUAGAGGCUGUAUCCCAUGUUGUGGGAAACACAGGCCUUAUCUGUUAUUAGAUGUGCCAAAUAGUUUCUGCAUCAGUCAGAUAAUAUGAACAUAUCCUGUCUCAGCUUUUCCUUUUCCCCACCAUCUCCUCUCCCCAGCUGCCAGCCAUUGCAUGCCCUACCCAUCCAUACCCUUCCUUCCUCCCAUCUGACCUACUUUCCACCUUGCUUUCCCCUAAUGUGGGCCUUACUCCUCUCCCCUGACUCCCCAGUCCUCCACCUCAGUCUGGGCCAUCCGUCUCAACCCCACAUCCCCCUCUGCCAGCAUCCCACCCACUCCUCCACCCUCACCACAUACAGUCACCCACACACAAACCCUCCUCCCAAGCCAUUACACUUACCCAUUUACUAACAAACCUACUGGGAUCAUCCUGCCCACCCUUUGCAUUCCCUGGCCUCCAUCACAAUCUGAAGCCAUCCCAUAUGGACAACCCCAGCUCCCCCAACAUUACUUACGACCCGCCAUCUGUCCUUCUUUCAUUGCUCAAUGGUGGUUAUCACUUUGGGCUUCAACUCAAUGGCGAAUGACAACUGCCUCAAUGAAUAAAAGUCAAUGGGUGGCUGGAAAGAGACUGACUGUCUACAGAUAAUUGGCACCCAUACACUGUACUGUAUAUAUUACUAUGCUCACCCUAGGCACAGACUAUCACUGUUUCAAUGGCAUAUUUAUUCAAAACAAUUCAUAACCUGUACAGUACUUGAUUCAUGGAACCAUUUGGAUAAAGGAAAACA